CCCUAAAUUUGAAAUCUAAGGAACACGGAGCGCGCCCUCGGCGAUUUACAAUCAUAAACCGUGGUUUGCUUUGUACUUAUCGUUCGAGCAUGGUUUUAUUAUGAUUUUUGAGCGCCAGGUGGCCGCGUUUUUGUUGGCCAUUCGUAUAGCGGUGCAAUUUACUGAGCGCCAUUGCAUCGAUAAAUGUCACGAGGGUAGGUCCGCGUUUUCGACAAUCGUUUUUCGCGCGAUAAUAAAGUCACGUUGUUUCGAAGAUUGGUGUUGUGUAGUGCGAUAUGUCUAAGCGGAAAAAUACAACGGUUAAGAAAGGUCGCGCGAAAUCGAGGAAGGUCGAAUACGAUGAGGAGGAUAUUUCGAGCGAACACGAGUCCGAUGUAGAGGACGCCGAGAGUGGCACUAAUGUCGACGGUGAGGACGCUGCCGAAGACGAUCUUACCGAUGUCUCCAAUAUACCUGAGCUGCCGUCGCCAGAGGGAGGUUGGGGUAAGCCUGGCACAUUACUUAUGUGUGGUCUGACAAAUUGGGAAAUGGCAGGGCGUAAAGCACCACCAAAAUCACUCAAGACAAAUGUAGGACGUAGUUUGUGGACUCCUCAUACUUUUAAGAAUUUAAAUGGAGCACGUGUAAGAUUGAUUGCCUCCGGACCUGCUGCCUCUCAUAAUAUUAUUGUUACGGAGGAUAAUAGAUGCUUAACUUUUGGUAAAAAUGAUAAAGGUCAGUUGGGUGUUGGUGAUACUAAACGUCGGGAUGAACCAACCGAAGUAGAAGCAUUAAAGGGACACACUAUUAUAGCAGCAUCUUGCGGUCGAAAUCAUACGCUUUUCUUAACCAGUCGUGGUUUAGUAUUUGCCGCUGGGGACAAUAAGUUAGGACAAUGUGGGGUAGGAAAAUCUGAUCCUUGUAUAAUAAAAGCUACAAAAGUUAAAUAUUCUGGACCUCCCAUAGUAAAAGUAGGGUGUGGGGCAGAAUUUUCUAUGAUCUUAGAUAUUAAAGGUGGCCUACAUUCAUUUGGAUGUCCAGAAUAUGGUGUAUUAGGUCAUAAUACAGAUGGGAAAUAUUUUAUAACAAAUACGAAGAUGGCGUUUCACUUCGAGAAAGUGCCUAAACGAAUCGUUUUAUAUGUAGAGAGAGGUAAAGACGGUCAUGUCACGCCAUUAGAUCGUGUUGAAAUUACUGAUUUCAGUUGUGGUCAUUAUCACACGGUUGCUAUUGAUAGUAAAAAUCGUGCAUUUUCAUGGGGAUUUGGAGGAAUCGGUCGAUUAGGCCAUAACGAACAAAGAGAUGAAUUAGUGCCACGUUUAAUUAAAUUUCUUGAACCACCGAAUCGAGGUGUUAGAUCUGUCGCCUGUGGUAGUACUUAUAGUAUUGCAAUUAAUGUUCAUGGUUCAGCACUUAUGUUUGGACAAACUAAACGUACAGGAGAAGCUAAUAUGUAUCCAAAACCUAUUCAGGAUUUAUCAGGUUGGGAAAUCAGAUGUAUUGGAUGUUCACAAAGUAGUAUAGUAGUUGCCGCAGAUGAUUCUGUUAUUGCCUGGGGUGGUAGUCCGACCUUUGGAGAAUUGGGUUUUGGUGAAAUGCGUAAAUCAUCAACUACUCCUAUGGAAGUAAAAGCUUUAGAAGGUUUAUACAUUACAGCGGUUACUUGUGGCGUUUCUCAUACAUUAAUGAUCUGUCGAGAUGAUACAGAAGAGGAGAAAGCUAAAAUUAAUAAACUUCCAGUAUAUUCUGUUUAAUUAUUAGACAAUUCCUUGGAUUGAUAAAUACAUGGGAUACGAUGAUUACCACAUCUUUAUAGAAAAGAAAAGAAAAGAGAAAAAAAAAAGAAAAAAAAAUGAAAGAAAAAAAAAUCGGAAAGAAUGUUUUAAUUCUAUAUACAAGUGUAAUCAUAUCCCAACAAACAACAUCAGCCUAACAUCAGGGAUGCAUUGUAAAAAGAUUUAAGCUAUCUUUGCUUGGGUCCAGAAACAGUUGCAGCAUAGAAAUGCUCAUUUCCUUGAAAAAAAA